AUGUCCACCGUCGCGGAGACGUUUACCGGCGACGCGGCGAUAUUCGCUACGACGUACAACGCGUGGUGUCCAUCGAACGAGCCAGGGGCAUCGUCAUCCCAUGAAUGGGUCGUCACCGUGUUGCCGCGACCGCGUGACCUCUCGCGCGCGUGCGCGUGCGGCGCGCUCGAGGGCGCGCGCGAUCACGCCGAGGCGUGCUCGAUGUCGGUGCUCCCGACGCGGCGGGAGAUGGGAAUCAUGCGCGACCUGGUGAUGGGCGGCGACGGGGAUGAGGGACGAUUGCGCUUUGCCUACGCGCGCGUACGACGGGACGACCGGACGAAACGGUUCGUCAUCGAGCACACGUGGACGCCGGAGACGCUCCGUGGACGAGGGCUCGGGAAGAAGGCGGUGCGAGGGGUGGUGGAGUUUGUGAACGCGUGGUUUCCUUUGGGAGACGCGUCGUACGGGACGUACGAGGAUCGCGUGACGCGCGCGCUCGAGCGCGUGGACGCGACGUGUUCGUACGCGAAACGCGCGCUCACGGAACUUCGACGCGAAUCUGCGGCGUGA